UACUAACCCCAUUUCACCUAUCUCAUACUCCUCGGCCGCGAUUUUUUUACCCUCCACGGUCACCGCCAUGGAACUCUUCUCCGGCGACCGUCCAAUAACCAACCCCGACCACUUUCCCGAACACAUAGCUCCGUUCCCCGUGGCCGCCGAUCUUAUCUACGACGAGCAAGCGGCCGUGAUUCGCUCGCCGGAGAUCGAGCACCGACAACAGUUGCCCCCGCAGAAGCUCCGUCCGAUCAGAUGCAACGGCAAGGCGCUGGCGGAGCAGCACUCCGAUCCUCAAUCGUGCGAGCUGAUUCCGGAGAUUGAGGACAUCUCCGGGAACCUACUGAGUGUCGCGUCCCCUGAAGUAGGGUUUCUGUCACAGAGGAUGUGUUUGCUCAAUGGAGCAUCGAAGGAGUUCUCUGAUUCUGCGGUGAAAGUUGAUGUCGGCGAGUUAGAAGAGAACAGCGGUGGUAUUUUCGGAAACGGCUACUUUGAGGCGAAGGCUAUGGCGGCAUUGCCUAAUAUUACGAAUCCAAACCCGGAUGACACUGAAUCUAGCUCAUCUUCAGAUGAUGGUGGGGAUUCAUCAGAGGGGAUCACACUACCAGGGAAACGUAAGAGGAAGAGAAGAACAAGAAAAAAGCUUGAGUUUUUCCUGGAAAGUUUGGCUAGGAAAGUAAUCAAGAAUCAAGAGCAAAUGCAUAUGCAGUUAAUAGAGUUGCUAGAAAAGAGGGAGAGGGAUAGAAUAGUUAGAGAAGAAGCUUGGAAGCAGCAGGAGAUGGACAGGGCAAAGAGGUAUGAGGAGGUAAGAGCGCAAGAGACAUCUCGUAGCUUAGCUCUCAUUUCUUUCAUCCAGAAUGUGUUGGGUCAUGAAAUUCAUUGCCCCCAGUCAUUAGAAAACUCAAGCCUGGAAGAGGAAAUUCAGAACCAAGAAAUUCAAAAUCAGAGGGAUUUAAGGUAUGAUCCAAGUAAUAAGAGAUGGCCAAAAUCUGAAGUGCAAGCCCUCAUCACACUCCGAACUACAUUGGAUCACAAGUUUCGCAAUAUGGGUGCAAAAGGUUCUAUAUGGGAAGAGAUAUCUGCUGGAAUGUCCAGUAUGGGCUAUACCCGGACAGCAAAGAAGUGUAAAGAGAAAUGGGAGAACAUCAACAAGUACUACAGAAGAUCAACAGGCAGUGGAAAGAAGCUUCCUUACUUUAAUGAGUUGGACGUUCUCUACAAAAAUGGACUCAUCAAUCCAGGAAAUCCCUCUAACAACACAAACAUUGAUCCAUGUAAUAGUACAAAAACCGAGUACGAGGACUAUGAGGAAGAAGAUACUACAAAGGAGUAAAUGAUGAACAGGGUGAUGGGGCUUGGUGUGACCAAACAAAGAGCACAAGGCCGAGAAAAUGCAAGAGGGUGGAGAGAGGGAAUGAGAGAGAUGAGGAUAACCAAUACAAAAGGAGGAUCUGGCUACAUAUAUUGUGGGAAUUCAGUACAGAAGCAACCAGUCUCUGUGACCACCAUCGCCCAUCCUCCUACUAUAUGCAAAUGCAGGUGGGCAGAGAAGACGGUGAAAAGAUUCAGUCCUGUUCAAUCACCAUUAUUUCUCGAUUAAUAACGCAUGGGUAAUGGUUUCUUUUCAGAAAUGCAAGUGUAGACGCAAUUAAUGAAAGAAAGAAAAAUGGUUUUGAAUGGAUAA